CGCCGACGCGUCUUCUCCGCGGCCGCCAUGGGCGAGCGGGACGCGGACUUCGUGCUGCGCUACUUGGCCGAGGUGGAGGCGCUGGCCGAGGAGGUGAUGGCCGGGAGGCAGCAGAUUGUAGAUCUGGAUCAGAAGCGGAAUCAGAACCGGGAGGCCCUGACGGCUCUGAGUAAGGAGGUGGACGCCACAGAUGAAGUCAUGGUUUGCUUUGGGAAUAUGUUUGUGCAGCUUUCGAAAACAAAGACCAGGGACAUGUUGCAAAGAGAUCAGGAACUCCUAGAUGAGGAGAUAGCCAAACUGCGAGAAGAGCUAAAAGUCAAGGUCAACAAUCUCCUGGAAGCGCAAGGUAAACCGGAGCUGAAAGGCUACAAUCUAAAGCCCUUGAAUACUGAAGAAAUGUUGUUCAUGAGAAAGGUGGUGGAGGGCUGAGGCGGUCUCUUCAUGCAGACUUUGCAGCUGCUUCUUUCAUGGAGAAAGUUGCUGAUCGCACAGGAGGCAACUUCACACCCAGAUCUGUAUUUCCUGAGCUGUUCAGCAUCUGAUUAUUGGCAUCUUCUGUGGCAGCGUUUCCUCCAGCCAGUCAAGUUACUGCAAAUCUGCAGAGAAGCACGCUUCAGCUUUCUCACAUCUGACAGUCUGGCUGGCGUACAAGCAUUAAAACCUGAGGAACAGAAGAGCUGCGAUGGGCCAGGACUCUGCCACUGUAAUUCAGACUGCUGGAAAUAAAGCGGCAGGAACAGAACCGUCAUCCCCCUCACCCAGGACGAGAAUGCGCAGUUAAAAUGUGUGUAGCUCUGAGACAAUAAAUCGUACACUCAAAUUUAAAA